CCAGUAGCAAACACAUCUGAGCGAGGCAAAAGAAAAUAAAGCAGUGGCAAUCCUCAGACUGUGCAGAUUAAGAUAAACAGAGAGCAGAAACUGAAGUAAAAGACGAGGAGGAAAGAGGAUUCAACUAGGAAACUGAAUGGAACCUUUUAAAAAAUAGGAAGAAACCUAUUUAAAAACAGCUCCUUAACUGUGAGAAGAGGAGGUGUCUCAACUUAUUUGAAACAGAAAAGGAGGAACACAUUACAAAAGGUUUUGUGACAGAGACAGACAGAUAGAGUUUAAGAUCUGAAGACUACAGGACAUAAAGAGACCAAGGGGAAAUUCUGAUGUCUUAAAGGAAUACAGGUUUCCUUUGUGAAUUUCAUAUUCACAGCACAAGUUUCCAAACAGACAUUAGAAACCAGCAGUUUUUAAAUUAAAAUUAUUCUAAUAUGGAACUAAAAUGGACACUUUUGGUUUUUCUUCUUUUGGGUCUGUUCCUGCACAUUAGUGGAUCUAGAGGCUGCAGUCCUGGAUAUAAAGCAUCUAAAAGUGGCUGUGAUGAUGAGGAUGAGUGUGUGGACAAUAUUUGUGGUAAUCACUCAGAGUGUAUAAAUACAAAUGGAAGUUACUACUGCAAUUGUAAAGAAGGGUUCCGAUCAACGAAUACUCCCAAUUUCACCCAAUCAACCGGACAGUGUAUAGAUAUAAAUGAGUGUACUGAGAAUGCAGAGUGCCCCAUGGGUAUGGUGUGUGUGAACAACAUUGGCUCGCACAGCUGUGAAUGUAAACAUGGAUACCGGGAAUCAAGAGGAGACUCCAAUUGUGCAGAUGUGAACGCGUGUGAGUCGUCAGUGUGUGGAGCUCACAGCAAUUGCACUAACACACCUGGCAGUUUCUUCUGCAGCUGUUCUUCAGGUUUCUCUAAAAAUGAGAAGAACUCCAGCUGUGAAGACAUUGACGAGUGUAAACAUCAAUCAGGUUUGUGUGGCUCACAUGCUGAUUGCGAGAAUCAUCCAGGCAGCUAUAGCUGCAAAUGUCACCAUGGCUACAGUAACUAUGGCAACAACCAGUCAAAAUGCAUAGAAAUUACCUGUAAUCAAUUUGAGGCUGAAACACAAAACACACCUGAAAAGUUGAAGAGUUUGCUGUCACUGUUAAUGAAGAGUUGUGAGUCUCUGAGAGAUCCAGAUGGAGGCCGUCAUUUGGGAGAAGCGUUACUGGAGAAUCUGUUUACAUCUGUUGAUGAGCUGCUAUCGGAGGGGAAUCUUGCUGACAGUGACACACUGAGUCAGUUUCUUGGCGCAGUAGAGAACAGCAUGCGUCUGAUUGGACCACAGCUCAAGGAGCCUGUAACCAGGAUGGAGACACAUAACACUUAUGCUGAAGUGGCAGUUAAGCAUGGCGAGACUCCUCCUACUGGGAGUGUCAUUCUGAGAACAGACUCCGCCCACUUCAACACAAGCUGGGAAACAGCAGCCGGGGAUUCAUAUCCAGGUUUUGCGUUUGCAGCAUUGGUCAGUUAUAAAGAUCUAAAUACAUCCAGCGAUUAUUUCAGCGGGAUAGGCAAAAUAUCACAGGAGGAUGAGAGCAGAGAGAGAUCGGACACAAAGAAGGGAAAAAUUACUUACCAACUCAAUUCGAGAGUGGUGACAGCCAUCAUCAGUAAUCCAGAAACUAAACAACUGACUGAUCCUGUUACUCUCAUCUUUAAACAUGUGGAGGAGAGGGCGGAGUCUAAGGUCAUGAAUUAUUCUUGUGUGUACUGGAAUGAGACUCAGGGGGCAUGGUCUGGGCAAGGCUGUGUGAAGGCGUGGUCUAGCAAUACACAUACAGCGUGUUCUUGCAGUCACCUGAGCAGUUUCGCUGUUCUCAUGGCCCUCUACCCCAUCAAGGACACGUUUGCGCUAGUGUUGAUCACUCGUGUGGGUUUGGUUCUGUCUCUGAUCUGUUUACUGCUGUGUAUUCUGACGUUCCGCUUCUGCCGUUCCAUCCAAGGAACCCGGAACAGCAUUCACCUCCAUCUGAGUGUGUGCCUCUUCAUCGCUGACCUCGUCUUCCUCUGCGGGAUCUCCAGUACUCACAACCGGGGAGCUUGUGCGUUUGUCGCUGGAUUGCUCCAUUUCUUCUUCUUGGCUGCCUUCUGCUGGAUGCUGCUGGAGGGAGUGCAGCUGUAUCGAAUGGUUGUCCUGGUGUUUCAAACCACGCUCAAGCAUCUCUACAUGUACGCCGUGGGAUACGGAGUCCCUCUCAUCAUUGUUAUCAUCUCUGCCGUCGCCUACCCACAGGGAUACGGCACUGAACGACACUGUUGGCUCUCUCUUGAAGGUGAUUUUAUCUGGAGUUUCUUUGCGCCCGUCUGCAUCAUCAUCCUCCUCAACAGCUUUUGCUUCAUCAUCACUGUCUGGAAAUUGGCCGAAAAAUUCUCCAGUCUCAAUCCAGACCUCUCCAAACUGCGCAUGAUUAAGGGAUUUACAGUGACUGCGGUGGCUCAGUUGUGUGUUCUUGGAGGGAUGUGGGUUUUUGGCUGCUUCCUCUUUCAGGAAGAAGGAACUCAGGUCAUGUUAUACCUCUUCACUAUUCUCAACAGCCUCCAGGGGGCGCUCAUCUUCUUCAUGCACUGCAUCCUGUCCAAAACGGUCAGAGAGGAAUAUUACAAGCUGAUUGGCAGAGUGUGCUCACAAAAGGAGAAGAAAUAUUCUGAAUUCAGCACCAACCAGUCCAGUAACAGUCAGCAUCCUCUACGGACUGAUCAGAGCACGAGAGAGUCAAAGAUAUAAGAUGCUUACCAUAUCCUGAUGGAUCUUUAAAGAAACAUGAAAGAUUCCAGCUGGAAACUUCUCACAAUUCUUCACACUGUCAACCUUAUAUCCUCCCAAUCGGAAGAUCUUAAAAUGUCUUGCUUUCUGUAUGUUCACUCAGAAUGUUUCAGACGUCGGCUCGUCACAUCUGUUACUGGAGGCAGUUUUAGGCCAAAUAGGUACAGCUAAAACAUAUCAAACCAUAAGACAAUAUAACAAAAAACAAGUGGGAAAGGUCUUAAAUUUCAGAUUACAUUCAAAAGGCAGCUUUCAUUCCAUCGUAUCAGAAAAUGUCUUCUGAAGAACUUGCUUAAAAUCUACCUUAUGAAAGAGGUCAUUUUUUCUAAAACACCUCUUUUCUGUGAAGCAGAAUGUAUUAUAAACCACAUACCAAAAACAAUGCACAGAUCAUGAAUAGCUAUAUGAUCCGUGCACAGACGCCACUUUAUGUCUUUAAGCUGUUGUUCAAUUUCACCUCUAUUUAUUUGGGAAACAGAUGUAAGAGAUACUUUACAUUCAUUUAAUUAUUUAAACAGAAGCAGUGUUUUUUAUGUUAGAGUUUAUUUAUGUCAUAAAUAAUAAUAAUAUAGUUGACAUUUGACCAGUUUUAACUCUUGAGGUGCCUUUGGAGACAUUAAAGUUAUACAAGUUCUUAAUGUUAUAGAACUUUAUUUGGGACACAAUGCUUGUUUCCAAGGGACUUGGAAUGGAUGCUUCUCAGAUGUCUGCAAAUAUAGAAAAUGGUAGUUUAUAUAUUACUUUAAACUUUCUCUUCAUGUUCACAAUUAUUAACAAAUAUGAAGUGAUUGUGUAAACAUUAAUGUGAAAUUUAUGAUGAAGCUAUUGGCAAAUCAAGUUAAGAUGCUUGCUUAAGCAACAUGAGUGUUUUCUUAUCUACCUAUUGUAUUUGUAAUGAUAUUUCAUAGAAAACUAUUGUUUUAUUACUAUUUCAGAUGUCAUUUUCCUGUAUGUGUCGUGUAUUUUUGCAUUUCCUAAAUCUGAAUCCGUCCAGCUUGGUAACUCGAACUGAUUGACAGAAAUACGGGCAAGGGUCAUUUAAUAUAGCGGCAUUGCCCUGAUGCAGUACUGCCAUGUUUUUUUUUAUUAAGAUU